UUUGAGGCCUAUACUCUAGCGACAGCUGGAUUUAAGACUAGGUGUUUUGUUCUACAGGAAGACCGAUUAGCUGUGAAGUCACUUUGGCCGGAGAAUGAAGGCGUCACUUCUAUCCCCUACAAGAUCAACGGUGAUCUGGUGGACAGAAAGGAGACUAUGCUAGCAGCGUUCAAGAUGAUUUCAGACCAGACGUGUAUCCUCUUCCACGAAUACACCAAUGAGAUUAACUACAUAGAGUUAAUCCCUGGGACAGGCUGUGCGUCGUAUGUAGGUUUUCAGGGCGGGGCCCAGCCUCUGUACUUCGGUAGUGCCUGUAAUGUGGGGAACCUGUGUCAUGAGCUGAUGCAUGCCCUGGGCCUGCACCACGAGCACACACGGCCAGACCGUGACCAAUACAUCACCAUACAGUGGGACAACGUGGUCUCGGGAAAAGAAGAUAACUUUAAGGUGAAGGAAGGAGACACUCAGGAUCUGCCCUAUGACUACGACUCCAUAAUGCACUACGGAACUUAUUACUUCUCAUCAAACCGGAACCCCACUAUUGACUCCAAGAAGAGUGGAGUCCAGAUUGGACAGAGAAAUCACCUGAGCCCCCUGGACAUAGCACGCCUUAACAAACUCUAUCAAUGUGAAUAACAAUGCACAGUUUAGCAUUUAUUACACCAUCGAAGAAGAUUCCAACACCAUCGAAGAAGAUUCCAACACCACUGCUGCCGACUGAUUCCAACACACAUGGCACUGACAUCCUAACUUCUCUUCACAACAAUGAAUAAGUUGGACAAGUCCCUUAAAGCUUUCUGAUGUAUUAUACGUGUGGCUGGCUGCAGGCAGUGGUUUUAUUUCUCCUGUGUACUCUUGCUGCCUUGAAUUAGGCCUAUACCACUGCACUUGUCUUGGAAAUAAAUAAAAUGACCUAGACUGAAAAGAA